CUGCUGCGCGGGCCCCACACCCACCGAUAAUGCAAACCCCCACCGCCGCCGGCGCCGGUGCGCCUCCCCUCCGCGUUGCGCUUCUACCCCAGUCCCUCCCCUCCCCAAUCGCCUAUCCGCUCCACCCCCGCCGCUGCGCUGCCGUCUCACCCCCGCUCGUAGUGUUCCCCGCGAGACCCCACCCCAAGCAAUGCAGCCUAGUCACGGCUCGUCUCAGACGGCGCCUUUGCCGCCGGCGGUGGCGGCGGAGCUCGCGCAGCUCGAGCGGAGGCUGGGGCAGGUCGCCGAAGAACCGGCGCGCCGCGAUCUCGGGGCGCUCGGCGAAGCACCCGCGGUUCGCGUCCUGCGGUGGAUCGGGAGGUCCCAGCGGGAGGUGCGGACGCUCACCGGCUACAUCGUCACGGUUGCCAGGCAGGAGGCGUUCGCACUCAACGCGCAGGCCGUCCCCACCGCCGAGAGCGCCGCCUGCAGCUCCUCCGCUCCUUGCCUGCGAGAUGAAUCUGUACAUGGGCCGCAGUACCACAACGACGUCAAAAUGGAAGAAAUUGCUUUGGACCUCCCAAACCAUUGUAUGGUGAUGGACGAGAAUCAAGGUCAUGAGGGUUGUCCGGUGAUGAUGGCAGUUGACAACCCAUCUGAUUGCAUCUCCCGAAGGGAUUGGAACCAGGAUUGCAUUGAAGUUGAUAACGUUGUCCCAGGAAUGGCUCCUCAGGCAAACCAGAUGCCUAUGCAGUAUGGUGACAGUAUCCAAGAACUGAUUUCUAUUGUACCUCAUGGUGUUAUCAUGCUGGCUGAAAGUCUUAGAAGUGGCAGACCAUCUGAGUUGUGGAACCAUAUACAAGCUGGUAGCCCCAAGCAUGAGAUGGUUCCCACGCAUCCAAGAAGUGAAUCUGCCUCAAGCCGCUUGCAGCAUGUUUUAGUAUGUCUUCAGAGAGUUGGACUCUUAGGAAGUCAUUUGGGCCCAGAGUGUGCAAUAAUGCUACCAAAACCGGUGCCGAAUGAUGUCGCACGAAAUGCAUUCAGGGAUACUGCAAGCCCUCAAAUCUCAGAAAAUGAAUUGAGGAAGACUGCAAGCCCCCAGAUGUGCGCGUUGGAGGUUUUGGAGUACAGCAGGAGAUUUUUGAUACUCUCUUAUCUUUGUCAGAAUAAAAUGGAAGAUGAAGCUGUAUUGACCGUGGACUAUAUUAAAUCGUUGAAGCUCCUGUCCAUUGCUCAUUUUGAGUCGGAAAUUUGGAGCAAAUUUGGUCGGAAGAAUUUUCAGGCAUCCUAUAGAACUCCAUCAGAUAGGGCAAAGAAUCUUGAGUUGGACCCAAGUAAAGCAAAAGUAUACCAUUGUGAUAUUGAGAUAAGAGGGGAUUCCAUAUUCCAUAUUUUUAAGGGGCCAUAUAUGGAGAAUAAGAGGACUCACCUUCAAAAAGUUCUUGGUGAUGAUAACGUUCUUGUAGUAAAGUUUAUGGUUCCUUCAGACUCGGACGCUGAUUUCUACCGCCAACACUACCAUAAGAUUGCUGAAGAUGGUAUUGUUCUGGGUCUGCGGCGAUACCGUUUUUUUGGUUACAAGGAUGGAAAAAAAGGGAAGAAAAAGAAAGAUGAUGAACAAGGGGAAAUCAAGAAAUGCACUUCAUCUGUUAGGUGCUACUUUAUUUGCACUGAGUCGGAGGAUGAGAGUUAUAUUCUCUCCCACAAAACUGUUGAUCAGUGCCGCAAACUGUUCAUGCAUAUCCAUACCGCUCCCACUUUGGCAAAUUAUAUGAAAAGGUUUUCUUUGAUACUAUCCAAAACUGAAACACUGGACGUUGAUUUAUCAACAGUUGAUGUUAUACUGAUUGAUGAUGAACCUUGCCGGGACAAACAUGGGAAAGUUGAUAUUACAGAUGGGAAGCGUUUGAUCCACACUGAUGGUACUGGCUUCAUAUCUGAAAAUUUGGCUAAGAAAUGCCCCAACAGAAUUAUCAAGGGAAAGAAGUCAAAAGAUUAUAUGCAUCGAGGUGAAACAAUGCCUCUUCUCAUGCAGGUCCGUCUUUUUUAUAAUGGAUAUGCUGUAAAAGGAACUCUGCUAGUUGACAAAAGGCUUCAAGAUAAUACUAUUGUUGUCCGACCAUCAAUGGUAAAAGUAAAAGCUGAUCCAAAGUUGUCCUGGAUGCAGUCUCUCAGUUCCUUGGAAAUAGUUUCCACAAGCCAUCAAUCCGAUAGGACAUCAACAUCAAGGUCAUUGAUUUCACUACUUCACUAUGCCGGUGUUAAGGCGGAAUAUUUUAUGGAACUUCUACAUAAUGCAAUUGAAGGGGUUGCAAAUGCUCGUUAUGAUUUCAGACACGCACUAAAGCUUGCAUCUAGAUAUGCUAAUAUGGAGGAUUCAAUGUUGGAACGAAUGAUUCAUUCCGGAAUUCCAUUAGAAGAGCCACACUUGCUAUCUAGGCUUAAUUUCAUAGCCAAACAGGAAAUGAAAGGAUUCAGAGAAGGAAAGCUACCGAUUGAUGAAUGCUAUUAUUUGAUGGGUUCAACAGAUCCUACAGGAACGUUGAAACCAAAUGAAGUUUGUGUGAUACUUGACAGUGGCCAAUACUCUGGAGAUGUGCUUGUGUUUAAACAUCCUGGCCUCCAUUUUGGUGAUAUACAUGCCUUAACUGCAAGGCAAAUUAGCGGACUGGAGAAGAAUUUUGUUGGGUAUUCAAAAAAUGCAAUACUUUUUCCUAUUUCUGGGGAACGAUCAUUGGCUGAUGAGAUGGCCAACAGUGAUUUUGAUGGUGAUGAGUACUGGGUCUCAAGAAAUCACAUGGCAGCCAUACGAGCCAAUUGUGGUCUUGAGGGCCUUGAUAACAAGCAAUCUAUUUUUUAGAAAUGUAUGGGUUACAAUUCCCAUCUAUGUGAUUGUCAGGUUUUCCACGUCCAAAGUUAAAGCUGCAUAGUCCAUGAGCCCCAGUCAUCUUUGGUCAGCUUAGCUUGUCUAAGAGCGUCCCAAACAGUGGACUAUGUCGCCAGGUUCAGUCCAACGUGGAGCUGAGAGCGAGGGAAAUCGAAGUACUAGCGUGCCUGCGAGCGCUUGUCUUGCAUGACCCCUGACGGUGCUCGCAGGGCCGAGUAUGUCGAUUCCACACGUUAUCUGGCUUCGGCAGCAUCAAGUGCUCUGGUGUUGAGUGGGCCUUGCGUUCUUUCUCUGACCUCUCUCCACCUUGUCAGCUAGCGACAGCGCCUGUCCUGUCGGGGAUGCUCUAACUACCUAAUUGGUACCAAAAUAUUUAGUAAUAAUGACACAGUCAACCUGUGAUCAGGCUGGAGUUGUAUGCGUGGCUCCUUCUACCAUUUCUAGGAUCAUUCGUCCCACUGCAUGAGCAAUGUUAUUUUUAUCAGAAUGAAAUAUUGAAAUUCCAUUAGACUGCGGACUCACUUCCUUGCACAUAUGUGUGCUUUACAUAGCCUAGGAACAUAAUUAAGGUAGAAGCUAAUAAAAUUCAGACUGAAAAGGUUCAAUUUUACAGAACAAACCACCAACUGAAGAUAGAUCAGAAGCUGAUGUGUCCAGUCCUUGCUUGACUCACUAUUUGAGCUCAGUAUGUCGACGAAGCCACAUGAUAUGGCAACAGUUACUCUUCGUAUACAUGCAAUCAGCUCCACAAGCAUGGGAUCUAGAAUGCAUGGGAUCUAGAACCCAAUGCAACUUCCCCGCACAUGUGCACAGCCUCUUGGAGGUUGUAGUCUCCAUCAGAGUUAAUUUCAACUUAUUUUAAGGUGUUAGAUGAUAUCUUUUCACCUUGUUCUCGCUCAUUCCUAACAUGUAUUGCCCCUUGGGCUGACCAAUAGGAAUAUACUCAACCACUUUCCUCAUAAAAUGAUAUCCAGGUGUGGAAACAGACGGAAUGUGGUUGAAUAUGAAUUCAGAUAGCAUUAUUUUCAUGUUUUAAUUCGAGUACGAAUACGGAUCUAGAUAUUCUCAAAUAUGAAUACCAAUUUGGUUAGUUCCGAUUUGAAUGAGAGUGCAUGAUGCGGUUACAGAUGGCAUCAUUCUAAAUGCCAUAGCAACCUUGUCCUUAUCUUGCCUUCCACCCUUUUAACUUAAAAAAAAAUAAACCAGAAGGAGUGAUGUCCCUCUGGUUUUGUCUUAAAUAAGCUGGUACCAAGAUUUGAAACCGGGCCAGCAACAGGGGUUUCAUCAACCCUCGGAGUUCAACGCUUAACCGUUACACCACGAGAUUCUUUGGUCCACCUUUUUAACUUAACGUGAACAUGGCCUGCAGUGGGUGCCCUGAUACGGCAAAAGCACCACAUCAUGACAAAGCGGAUGUAGACUUGAGCUCAAGUGGGCGCAACUUGUUGCCACUUCAGUCUCUGUUGAAUGGACAUCUCCUUUGCUCUCAAAUCUCACAAUAUUAUUGUGCUUCCUUUGUCAUCGUGUUCCCCUUUUUUCCUUUAAAUAUUAGGUAUUUCUUGUUUUAAAAAAUUAUAUCCUUCAUAUGCUAGCAUAAUAGCAUUGUUAUACACAUUACUAUUAGUGUUUUAAAUAGCGGGCUAUAGUGCUGUUUAGCAGCUGGAAAAGGCUGCCACUAAAUCCUAUACCCCGCUAUUUGAAACACUGGUUACUAUGCACUAUUUUUUUUAACUUGUCAAAUGGGUUGUUGCAAUUCU